AUGGUGCGACAUUUUACUAACCAAAAGGAGUUAGUUAGACCAGCUAAGACUCGUUUUGCUACUGCUUGCAUUACAUUAUCGAGUAUACACCGUCAAAAGAAUAAUCUGAGGAAGAUGUUUACUUCAGAUGAAUGGAAGGACAACAAAUGGAGUAAGGAGCAACAAAGGAAACGAGUAGUUCAGACUAUUUUGUUGGCUAGUUUUUGGACUACAAUUGUUUUCGCUCUUAAAGUAUCUGGCCCACUAGUCCGAGUUCUUAGAUUGGUUGAUGGCGAGAAGAAGCCACCUAUGGGAUAUAUUUAUGAGGCCAUGGAUAGAGCUAAGGAAGCUAUUGCUAAAUCCUUUAAUAAUAAUGAAGAAAAAUACAAAGACAUUUUCACCAUAAUUGAUAAAAGAUGGGAGCUUCAGCUGCAUCGUCCUCUGCAUGCAGCGGGGUAUUAUUUAAACCCGUCAUUCUAUUAUUCGAAUCCUAACAUCCAGGAGGAUGAUGAAAUAGUUAAUGGACUCUACUCAUGCAUAACGAAAAUGGUUGCUUCAUUGGAAGUACAAGACAAAAUACUUGCAGAACUAAUGGAAUGGUGGGAUAAUUUUGGACAAUCAACUCCAAACUUGCAAAAGUUUGCUGUGAGAAUUUUAGGUCUUACUUGUAGUGCUUCUGGAUGCAAGCGUAGUUGGAGUGUGUUUGAACAGCAAGAACGAAAUAGGCUUGCUCAAAGUCGUUUGAAUGAUCUAGUGUUCAUCAAAUACAACAGAGCACUAAAACGUCGAUACAACCUACGAGAUAUUGUCGACCCCAUCUCCUUGAAAGAUAUUGAUGAUAGUAAUGAGUGGUUGAUUGGAAGAUUGGAUGACGAUUUUGAGGAGGAUGAUGAGUUGGUAGUUAACGAUGAUGAUUCUUUAACGUGGGGUGAUGUUUCUAGAGCUGUCGGAGCAAAAGAACCAUCAUUCUAUUCUAGAGCUAGUACAUCUAAACCAAAGACUAUUGUUUCAUGUUCAUCCUCGUCUACCACGCAACGGAAACAAGUAAAUUUAGAUGACUUCGAUUUGGAAGAAGAAGAUACUGAUGGCUAUAAGUCUAACGAAGGAUUGAAUGAAGACGAGGAUCAAUUUAGUGAUGAUGAGUUUGAUCUUUAG